AUGUCAUAUGUUGUAAAGACUUUAUAUACAGUGGUCGAUGAGUUAGCUCAGUUAGGUAGAAGUGUCAUAUCUCGUCUUGUGAUUGCCUGGUUCGAAUACUACAUGUCCGGAAUUCAAAAUUUGUUUCAUAGUAGCAGAGUUAACAGAAUUUUAUUUCUCAAGACAGUUGAUUCGAAAGUGAAAUUCAGCCGAUCGUCGGAACAUCAUCAUUUUUGCAAGAAUGGUCUUGAAAAAGCAUCGGAUACCAAGCGCAAUUCGUUCGAAUGUCUGCCAGUUGGAAUAUACGAAGUGGCCCGAGUUCCAAAGUUAAGUGAUUUAAUACGUUCGGGAGCCAUUUCUUAA